GUUUUAGUUUUAUAUCCGUGGUUGGUGGUAGUGGGUUCGUGGCAGAUUGCCGUGAAAAUUUAACUUAACCCGUCUAAGUCGUAAUUUUGCCGCGAUUAUGUAGAUUUCUUUAAAAUAUUUGGAGUGUGGUUGUUAAAAGUAUCUUUGUAAAAUGUCUACAGUUCUUCUUGCUGUAAUUGCAGUUAUUCUGUGUGUGCUUUUUCGAAUACUCAAUGUGAAUAGUCAACCUCACAAGCCAGUUAUAUACGGCAGAGAUAGAAAUUUUAUUGAAAAUAUUCUAUUCAUUGCACCAUUUCUGAAUGAACCUUACAUUCCAACCCGAUUAUGGGGAUUUAGUGGACAUGUACAGACCAUUCUUCAUAGCCUAAUAGGUCGUGUGCGAUGCCCAUGGCCUAUAGGAGGAAGAAUUUCCUUAGUCUUGCCUGACAAGUCAACUCUAACAUAUGAUCUGUACGAACCCGUAGGAGCAGAACAUGAAGAUGACGUGACCGUGGCAAUAUGUCCCGGCAUCGGCAAUACGUCGGAGAGUGUGUACAUCCGCACAUACGUGCACUAUUCGCAGAGACACGGCUAUAGAUGUGCUGUUCUCAACCACAUCGGUGCGCUGAAUAGCGUGCCAGUCACCGGCGCUAGAAUAUUCUCGUAUGGUCACACCGAUGACUUCAACUAUAUGAUAGAGAAUUUAUUGGAGAGAUAUCCUAAUACGAAACUGAUAUUAGUUGGAUUCAGUCUCGGCGGUAAUUUGAUAACGAAGUAUCUCGGCGAGGAGAGGAAGAGAGCCAAGAAUAUAAUAGGCGGUAUAUCGAUAUGCCAGGGAUACAAUGCCAUCGAUACGAUGGUAUAUCUUCUUCAAUGGCAAAACUUCCGUCGAUUCUACCUUUACAUAAUGACGGAUAACUACCGAAACAUCAUUACGAGACAUAAGCGUAUGCUUCUCAGUCCAGAAAUGAAGAGCCGAUAUACGCUAGACGAAAACACGAUCGUGUCAGCUGGAACUUUGCCUGACUUGGAUGAGGCUUAUUCGAGGAAAGUGCACGGCUUCAAUUCGGUAACGGAGCUGUACAAAUGGAGUUCGUCUGCCUUCUACCUACAAAAUAUAAAGACACCAAUGAUAUUUAUAAACGCCCGAGAUGAUCCGAUUGUACCCGAACCGCUACUGCCUCACAUCAGAGAAUUUGUCAGCUCCCACGACAAGGCGAUGUACCUAGAGCUGUCUCACGGCGGCCACCUCGGCUUCUACGAGGGCGGGCUGGUGUACGCCAACCCCGUGACGUGGCUGGACCGCGCGCUGGCGGCGCUGGUGGGCGGGCUGCUCAUGGCGCACCACAAGUGCGAGCCGCGCGACGCGCUGUGCGAGCCCGGCGCGCGCUGCGACGAGCCCGACCUCAUCAAGUCCGCCACCAUCAUAUACCGCGACCCGCUCGACAAGCCCGCCCUGGACGCGUAGGCUCGAUCUCUAGUAGGAAAUUGUCUGUAGGUAGAUGUUGAUGGGUUAGUGACGACGAGGGGAGUUCGUGUCGAUAGGUUUGUGUUCCUAUUGAGGAGAUUCAAAUAUUCCUAUAUUAUUCCACAUGUGUAUGUUUGAAGUUCACUUUUGUUUGUGUUUUAAACAGAAACUCGUGUUUGAUUACUGAUUGCAUUGUUAACGAUUGAAAAGAACCAUUUUAAUUUAUAUCGCUACAGUAUUUAUUGUAAUUGUUUUUAAUAUUUUGGUGUAAUAUUAAUUCCAUGUGAUGUUUUAUAAUGAUAGCGCUUUCUGAUUAUUUCGAAUGAAAAUCUAUUUUCCAUUGAACAAUGGUGAUGUUAUUUACGUUCCAGUGUUGUGUAUUACUUAUACGUAACGCGUACUUAUGAGUUUUAAGAUGAACCACCUGAGGUUUUAUAUUUUUAGUGAAGCCGAUUUAUAUUAUUUGCAUUUACUUUAAUGUAUUAUUUAUUAAUAUAUUUGUAUAUUAAUAACAUAACGACGUGUUCAAUUCGGGUAAAACCCUAAAUAUAAAUUUAACUUAUGUGUUUGUGAUUUCUAAGUUCAUACAAUAUGUUUUUAGUGUUAUAAGAUUUGGGAUGUAGAUUUAUAGUUGUUAAAUUAUAUGUCCUGCUUCAUCUAAAGACAGAAAACACGUUAGGCGAAUUGUUCGUAACAAUUUGGCAUAUUACUUGUUCGUUAUAUAAAUGAUUAUCUCCAAACAAUAUAAAAUCGUACAUUCAAAUAGGUAUUUAAAUUUUUUUUUGUAAAGUUAUACGACGUAUUUUGUUAUCGCCUUUAUUGGACAUAAAGUCAUACCAUUUGUGAUAUUACCAAACGACAUUUAUAAUAUGAUGGAAUUAAGUGCCUCUAUCACAUUCGAAAUUAUGUAAAUUAUUUAAAAAAAAAUAUCAAUUAAAAGUAGUGAUUAAGACUAAAGCCUUGUUAUAAUUUGAUUUGAUCAUGAAAGGGCAACCAUUGAUCAUUUGUAGUUUUGAGAAUUGGUGCAAUAUUUUAGAGAAAUAUUUAGAUGAAAAUUGUCGGAAGUAUAAAAAUUUGUAAACCCUUUAAAAAGUGAACUUAGCAUGAGUGCAAUUUUUAUAAACAUUUUAUUGGAAAAAAAAAUAAUGUUUUUAGAUUAGUUUUUGAGGUGCUUAACAUAUAGAACUUUAUAUAUAUAUAUAAAUCUAUUAUAUCCGCAUAAUUCUCCAAUUUUGUUAUUAAUUUAUUAUGUUACCAUGUUUAUGUUACAUAGUACAAAUUCAAAGAUAAGCACAAAAUUUAAGCUAAGUGUUUCACCAAAAUUAGCUUUUUCUCUACUAUGUAUAAAACGGCUUUAAAUUGUUUUUCUUGAAUUUUCUAUAUUUAUUUUACCGUUUUUGACAAACUUUCACUAACAAUUUAGUUAUUGUGUUCAAAUUAUAGCUAUUUCAAGGGUUUAUACCUUAUGCACAGUAUUUAAGUAAAAAAAUAAAAUAGCGAAAAAGUUUAUAGUGGUCUAAAAUAAAAGACAAUAAAAGACAAGUACUUCAUAGGCCAAUAUCACCUUAUAUUAUUUUAUAUUCUUAUUUUUCCUUGCACAAACAAUCAAUGUUUCGUUUUAUACUUUGUAUUUAAAUUAAGAUAGAUUUAAUUAAUUGAUAUUAUUUGGUGGCAUCUUCUGUAUGAAAGGUACAAUUUUAAAUUCAAAUAAUUACUAAGCAAAUAUGAAAUUCCUCAAUGUGGAAUCUCAUGUUGAUGUGUGAUUUGAACUGUUAACUCUCACUAAGAGUAUUUUCAAAUUCCAAAUAACUAGUUCUAAUUGUUAAUCUCAAAUAAUUUGUGUGCGAAAAAAUAGUGCAUGUAUAUGGUAUGGUAUAUACUACUGCUUUACUGCAGUCAUUUUUUUUUUUAAUAUGUCAGAUUUAUAACCAAUGUUUCAAUACCUAACGAUUUAUAAAAAGUUUAGUGUUAGCUAUUAGUUUGACAUGACGUGAUGUUUCCCCGAAAUUCCCUAGCUUAAAGGUCCUAAGACACCGUCUGACGAUAUGCCGCAGGCGGCUUAUCUAUUACCUAAAUGGUAGAAAAAGUAUAGAAAAUACGUGUCGUAUACGUUAUUUUAUAGUGCCUAAA